CGGUUAUGCGGAGGACAUUAUUGACCGGAAGGAGAGCCUGGCAAGGAAGGAGCCGACCUUUUGUUUACAUUUCGAACUCGAACAUUAUGUAAUUGCUCCUUCCGUCCAACGCCCCAGGUGAGCAACUGAGAAGUGUUCUCGAGCUUUUCGGGCUGUAGCUACGUUCCACUGGUCUUUUGACGAUGCUUGAGCUCAAAUGGAUCCCACUGCACCAACUGACACCAGGGGAGAAUAAAAGGCAGAGGAGGCUUAGGCAAUACUGUAUGAACCGAGACCCUAAAAUCAUAGAGAGGCUCGUACAGGAACAUGGGCCCUUCCCUCUUUUAUGGGAGUUCAACAUACCCGCAGCGAUUCAGCGACCUCAAGAGAGGAGGUCAGGGCUGCUAUCGAGGCUCACUACCAACCAAUGGUGGGCCCCGUCCGUUGGCCAUCGGGAUGUUACGUUGGCUUCCCCACACCACUCACCACCUUCCACCCCUGCCUGCCCACCCACUAUGAGGUGCCCAAACCUCUUCCCAGAGGGGUAGCAGUGCUGCCCCGCAUUCGUGAGCAGCAUGUAUCCCACACACGCCUACCAUGGCCUCGGGUGCAACCAGACUCAUGUCUGAUGCCUGCAGCACCACAUCCCGUCCCCAUGCUUCCACCGCUGCCGACGCCGCUACCACCGCUGCCACUGCCGCUACCGCCACCUCCACAUGAUGGAUGCCCCCAGCCAUCUCAUGUGGUCGAUUAUAAUAGACCACGAACUCGUCACCUUCAUGUAAGUCCAUUCUUGUCUAUCUAACUAUCGUAGCACGGAUCUCUUAAAUGAUACUGGGUUGUGCUGCUCGG